GCCCCUCGCCGCCGCUCGUCGCUCGCCGGCCGGCGGCCUCGCUGGGCCUCAGCUCCGUGGCGGCGGCGGCGGAAGGCGCCGGCCCGCGCAGGCCCAUGGCGGCGGCCGCGGCGCUCCCGGGCGCGGGCGGGCCUCCCGCGGGCGGCGGGGCCGGCGGCGCUGGCGGCGGGUCCCCGCCGGGCGGCUGGGCCGUGGCGCGCCUCGAGGGCCGCGAGUUCGAGUACCUGAUGAAGAAGCGCUCGGUGACCAUCGGCCGCAACUCGUCGCAGGGCUCGGUGGACGUGAGCAUGGGCCACUCGAGCUUCAUCUCCCGGCGCCACCUGGAGAUCUUCACGCCCCCGGGCGGCGGCCAUGGCGCGGCGGCCCCCGACCCCUCGACGCAGCCCGGGCCCGACGCCGGCGGCGACUUCUACCUGCGCUGCCUCGGCAAGAACGGCGUGUUCGUGGACGGCGUGUUCCAGAGGCGCGGGGCGCCGCCGCUGCAGCUGCCGCGCGUGUGCACGUUCAGGUUCCCGAGCACAAACAUCAAGAUCACGUUCACUGCCCUGUCCAGCGAGAAGAGGGAGAAGCAGGAGGCACCCGAGUCUCCGGUGAAGCCCGUGCAGGCCCACAUCUCGCCCCUGACCAUCAACAUUCCAGACACCAUGGCCCACCUCAUCAGCCCCCUGCCCUCCCCCACGGGAACCAUCAGUGCUGCCAACUCCUGCCCGUCCAGCCCCCGGGGAGCAGGGUCUUCAGGGUACAAAAUGGGCCGUGUGAUCGCAUCUGACCUCAGUCUAAUGGCUGACAACUCACAGCCAGAAAACGAAAAGGAAGCUUCGGGUGGAGACAGCCCCAAGGAUGACUCAAAGCCACCGUAUUCCUAUGCACAAUUAAUUGUACAAGCAAUCACAAUGGCUCCUGAUAAACAGCUCACCCUCAAUGGAAUUUACACGCACAUCACUAAAAACUACCCAUACUACCGGACUGCGGACAAGGGCUGGCAGAAUUCAAUUCGCCACAAUCUCUCUCUGAAUCGUUAUUUCAUCAAAGUACCACGUUCCCAGGAAGAACCAGGCAAAGGCUCAUUCUGGAGGAUAGAUCCUGCUUCUGAAAGCAAAUUAAUAGAGCAGGCUUUUAGGAAAAGACGGCCUAGGGGCGUGCCUUGCUUUAGAACCCCUCUGGGACCGCUCUCGUCUAGAAGUGCCCCCGCCUCUCCUAACCACGCCGGAGUGCUGUCUGCCCACUCCAGUGGUGCCCAGACCCCCGAGAGCCUGUCGAGGGAAGGUUCGCCGGCCCCCCUGGAGCCCGAGCCUGGCGCCUCACAGCCCAAGCUGGCUGUCAUCCAGGAGGCACGGUUUGCCCAGAGUGCACCAGGCUCCCCGCUGUCCAGUCAGCCCGUGUUAAUCGCUGUGCAGCGGCAGCUCCCCCCGACCAUCAAGCCCGUCACCUACGCUGUCGCUGCCCCUGUCACCACCUCGACCUCCCAGCAGCCCGUCGUGCAGACAGUGCACGUUGUCCACCAGAUCCCUGCAGUCUCCGUCACCAGCGUGGCCGGACUGGCCCCAGCGAACACGUACACUGUCGCCGGGCAGGCUGUGGUGGCACAGACGGCCGUGCUGGCUGCUCCGAAAACGGAGCCGCAGGAGAACGGAGACCACCGAGAAGUGAAAGUGAAAGUGGAACCUGUCCCUGCGCUGAGCCAGGCCACCCUGGGCACUGCCAGUCGGGUCAUCCAGGCGGCACAGACCCCCGUCCAGACGGUCACCAUCGUGCCGCAGCCACCUCUAGGUCAGCACCAGCUUCCAAUAAAAACUGUAACACAAAACGGGACUCACGUGGUGCCCAUCCCCGCAGCCGUGCACGGCCAGGUGAACCACGCAGCGGCGAGUCCUCUGCACAUGCUGGCGACACACGCCUCAGCAUCGGCCUCCCUGCCCACCAAGCGCCAGAAUGGAGACCAGUCAGAGCAGCCGGAGCUGAAGCGGGUCAAGACUGAAGAAGGCGAUAGCAUCGUCAUUGCCCUGAGUGUGGACACGCCUCCAGCGGCCGCGAGGGAGAAGGGCGUCCAGAACUAGUGGCCGAGAGCUUUCUAACUUUCCUGUCGACUCUGGUGCCAAAAGGAGACACUGCCCAUCCCGACGCUGGAGCGCCUGCUCUCGGGGGCAGAGGCCUGCGGGUGGACUUCAUGUCAGCACUGAAACACAGACCCAGGUGGCCUUACAACUCCUUUCAGACAAAACUCACACCUGAACUUGGAAACCACACACGGCAGCCUGGUGCCGGCAGUGUCUCCGCCCAGCGCUCAUCUUUUAACCCCAAGCAGACUCUCGGUCCUUCCGAGUGAGGAUGAGGAUGAGGCCCGGUGCCAGCGCAUCGUCCGGACAGGCCCGCCUCAGGGGGCCAGCACAGGAGCCCCCACCCCCUCCGAGGACCCCCGGGGCUGGCCGGGGAGACAGUAUUUUGUUGUUCACACUUGGAACUAGAAUAUUUGGGGUGUACUUUCUUUCUUUACAAAAGAAUGGGUCUUUGGCAUUUCAGAUCACUCCAUUCUACUUGGAAACUUUGGAAUCACAGGACCUUUGUGUGGGUUUCAUUUGGAGAAAAGAAACAACGUGGUUCUGUUUGUUUUCGUUGUUUGCUUUCCGCCUAUGGGAGGACUGACUGUCCGUUGGCGAUCAGGAGGAGCUACGAGAUGACAACUGCCCGUUUUCCUCAGAGCAGCUGCUGAUGAGUGUGCUCCUCCAUGUCAGGGUGUGGGACGGACAGGACGCGGCCGGCUGCAUGGAUGAACUGCUGGACUGCGGGCUGCACUUAACUGUUUCUCUUUCUUGCUACUUUUUGUUGUUUCUUUGUGUUGACUUGGUCCCUGGCAUAAUUUUCCACUCUAAGUAAAACAAGUCUCCUAAGUAUUGUGUGUUUAAAAUAACAGAACUAUUCCUACUUUAUUGGGGGGGGGUGGUAAUUCAGUCUUUUGUCUCAAGCCCUCUCACCUGUCACCGCUCUCUUGGUGGCAUGUCCGCUCUUUUAGGUGCUGUCACCGGGUCAGCACCGUCUGACCAGCUGUCUCCCCAGCUCUGCCCCACGCACCCAGAGCAGCUGCUGGGCUGAGCAGAAACUCCGUGUUAAUACAAGAGCCUGAGAAGCAAGCGCCCUGCGGUUAAGCAUGGGAAACAUCUAGGUCGUUUUCUGAUUUGUGAUAGGAAAUUCCAUCACCCUUUGAAACUGAAUCCGCUGAGGCUGACUUCUCUCCUACAGAAAACAGGAGACACAGGUGAGAGAAUGGAAGGAAGGAGGCACCUCCCAGCCUUGGCUCGGCUCCUCCGGAAGGAAACCACUCGCCUUUCCAGAGUGUUCUGGGGGGUCAGGGCUGAGCAGCCGGGCAACGAGGAGGGCUCUGGCCUUAUUGUGAAUUUUUAAAUGUCAUCAUCAUAACGUUAUUUAUUUAAAUGUAGUUAUUUUGGUAUUUAAUUUUUUUUUAAGAGAGGAAAAAAACCCUGUAUUUUCCUGAUGGAAUGAAAUGGCUCAGAAUGGUAUAUUUAGGCAAUUUUAAAACAUUUAUUAUUUACCUAAAGACCAAAUAUGAUAAAUCUGUUCUAAGUAUUGUGUGUCAAUCCAAAGUAUGGAGCUGUCACAAUGUUACUGCAGAUCAUGCAUAUUAAAAAUUAUGAAAUUAC